AUGAUAGAUAUGGAAAUAAUACACGCUUUUUAAUGCUUGAUCUCAUUUCAGCAAUAAGAUCAUCACUAACACAAAGCACAUUUACAAUAUACUACCAAUAAAAUAAAUCUAAUUUUGAAUACUCAGUGUUUUGAAAUAGAAAUAUCCUAUAAAUUAAAAUUAAAAUGGAAAUGCUAAGAGAGCAAAUUAACUUCAAUUCAUUUUCAAUAAUUCACAAUUUAGGCUGAAAAUGAAGAUCUCCUUAAACUCAAGAAGCAUUUAGAUUGUUCAACCACAUAUAUCGGAAUAAGAGAAAUUUAUGAUAAUGUUAUAUUAAUUUAAUAAGCAGACUUUGCUAAAAUAUGCUCGCUUAAAAACAAAUUGGAUGGGAAAAAGUAUUUUUGUAAGUGUUAUAAAAAAGCAGAAGUUGAGAAGUAUAAAAUAUACGAGCAAUUGGUUAUUCAGCGUAAAUUAGGUGAUUUCAAGAAUGUUGCUCAAAUAAUAGAUUUCUAUGAAUCAUCUAAUUCCUAUUAUUUUAUUUACGAAUAGAUGAAGAGGAUCCAUUAUCAUAGUUUGAGUCAUGAAGAUAUAUAAUCGAUGAUGUUUGAUAUAUUAUGUUGUGUUAAAAUGUUGAUAGUGAAUCAUGUCUUCCAUGCCCAAAUAAAUUUAACUAAUAUUGUAAUGGAUAAGGAUAUGAAUUGUAAAUUGGUGGGUUUUGAACACGCAGAAUUAUUAAACGAAGAGAGUGCUCUAUAAAACUCAUUGAUGUUGACAAUGGUAGGACAUUUGAUGGUCAAAUUAUAUCAAUACAAUUCCAUUAACAAAGAGUAGAUAUCCAUUCCUGAUUAUGGUAAUUCCCUUGUGUAAGGAUUGUUGCAGACUGAUUUGGAUCAAUAAAUCAAUAUUGAACAAGCCUUGAGUCAUGAAUACUUUGAAUAUUUCGAUUACAAUUCUAGUCCCAUGAUGCAAAAGUAGAUUGUACCAAAAUUGAAGUCAUUCAUCACCUAAUAGUCUCUUUCAUCGCCCAUAGAGACCAACAUCUGAUUUUUAUAUUUUACUUUUAUAAUUUAAUCUUACUCAAAAUG